AUGCAAGUGCCAGUAGCUGAGUCUACAAGCGAAUCGCAAAGCUGGGAUACGGACGCCUUUUCUGCAGAGGAGCAAUGGCUGCCACUGGAGAUGGACAUGGCAAACCUAGACCUGCCUGAGGAGCAGCCCACCGAAGAUGCUGGCUGGGGACUGCCUGAUCAGGUGGCUGGGGAACUAAUUGGCAAUUUCUUCGACAAUGUCCAGACUUGGCUCGGGUUUGUUCACCGACCAACAUUCUACCGGAGGUACAUGCGAUGUGCCGGCCAGCAGGCUACGCUGAUCGGACGGCCGACACUGUCAGAUGAUGAGUCUUUCAUGAUAUAUGCUAUGUUCGCCAUGGCCGCGCGAUUCUCUACGUCGGAGCACUUCACAAGAACUCCAAUCCACGAUCGAGGCGAGCGGUUUGCAAAUCAUGCAGCUACUAUCAAAGACUCAAUAAUCAAGACGGUCGAGGAGCCGAGCCUGGAAUUUGUGCAGGGCUGCGUCAUGCUCGCAUUCUACAACUUUGCCGCAGGGCAAUUCGGCCCUGGCGUUGUCUUGUCGAGCGUCUGCGUUCGGUUUGCAUAUGAGCUUUGUCUCGACGAAACAGACGAGGACCAAUUAGAUGAGGAAGGGCUCGCUAUUAUCGAUAUGCCUCACGAAAAUGCGGAAUCGUGGCUGAAGAAAGAGGAAAAGCGAAGACUUUGGUGGUCGAUAUGGGAGCUCGAUACCUUCGCCUCCACGUGCUCGUUCCACCCAUUCAAUAUCGAGAGAGCAGAAAUGAAAGUUCUGCUUCCAGCACCCAACCACAACUGGCAUUGCAGCAUUCCUGCCAGAACAGCUUUCAUCGGCCCACCGGAAUCCGCGUGGAACAGUCUACAGAAAUCUCCCGGCCAGUCGACCAGAGCUUGGUUUUUGGUGGCCAACUACCUGAAAUCUACUAUCAUUUUCCAGUCUCGUCGCUCAUUUCGUCACGGCACAAUAUCUCGAUGUCGCCUUGAGACUGCUUUGUGUAACCUCAAGUUAUCCCUACCGGACGCCUUUCAUCUGAGAUCAUUAUACCUCGACGCGGACAACCAUCAGGAUGCCAUGUGGGUCAUUGCAACUCACUUAAUGAUCAUGACGUGA